AUGUUCCGUCUGUUGCCCUGGUCUUCAAUCGCUAGGGGUGAAAAGGUAACUGCGCACCAGGAAGCAGUAGAGGGUAUGGCUGUGCCAGAGCAGAACCAGCCUCCAGCAGCGAAACCCCAUUCACCGCAGAAGUUGAAACGGAAAAGGUCGGAUUCUGCAGGCUCAGAAGAGACAAAGGACGAUGGUAGGACCGUUUCAGCUCCUACCGCGGGUCUAAAUUUACAACUCAACACUCCGCAUAACACCUCGUCCAAGGUUGGAAACGGCAAUUCUGGAGAUGAGCCAGCCUCUAGCAUAAUACCGGACGACCAAUUCCCUGACCGCGACUCAGGGAACACGACCAACAAACCAGACAGGCCCAAAGCCGACGAAUCCCGCCGACCCAUUGCGACGCAGAAGAUGGACACCGACGAAUUGCGCCAGACUCUAGAGUCACAGCUUAGUCUAGAGGUUUUGCUGAAGCACGAUGAAUUACGAUUGAUAGAACAGGAGAUGGCAAAGUGCCAAGUUGCCCUGGAACAGCUUCGUCGGUGCGCUGAAAUUCCAUACCCAGGAUCUAGCCUGACAGGACCUUCAUCCGCGGUCAGCAACGGCACAGGACCUGCUAUAAUACCACGCAGCAAUCCAAGACUACCAGCUUCCCCUUCGCCGUGGGGUACGAAUGACGGAGCUUAUACCCGCCAUUAUGCGCGAUGGCUGCUCCCAGAUCCGCGAUUUGAUGGCGGUGAGAUCGAACUCGUAACACCGUCUGGUGCAGGGAAAGGCUUGAUGGAUGGUCGAACAACCCGGGCAUCAUGGGCUGAUACAACUACCUCAUCUUCACGCUCGCAACGUGGUGGCUCUGGAGCUAAACUGCAAGCCCUUUCUAGCGGAUAUCCUCCACCAAAGGACAAGGUCGGCCCAAUGAUCAUAAAACGGAAAUCAGAUGGCCUGUUCGUCAAAUUAGUAUGUCUUGAUUGCAGACGCGAUAACUUCUCGAGCACUCAGGGAUUCAUAAAUCACUGUCGAAUAGCGCACAACCGCAGCUUUGCCAGCCACGAUGCUGCAGCCUCCGCGUCAGGCGAACCAGUUGAAGUCGACGAAGCGGGCACCGUUGUUGGCGGACAGAGUGAGCCGCCUGCGGCUGGUCCUGCUGGCUACGUGCAUCCUUUAAUUCGGUCGGCCCUUGCAGCAGAUUCUACCAAAGGAGCACAACAGGUCGUACCUAAAAAAGUUAGCCAUGUUGGACAAUCAACCGUCACUCCUUCACAAUUACCUAAACUUAACACCCGCAAACGGGAUUUCAGCAAGAUGGAUAUCUCUCUAACAUCUGCCUUCAAGGCCUCUCCGCAAACCCCUCAUCUAUCUUCCUUGAUGCACUGGAAGGGCAUUGAUAUAGAUCUAUCUCAUAUCGUGGAAGAUGCCCUUACAAAACCGGAUGUCGACAUGCUCUCAUCCGACGACAAUUCCGAUAGUGAUGCGGAAUAUGCGUCCCAUGCUCAGGCAAACCAUGCUUCCUCCCAACUAAGCAUUGGAAAUAACCGGCUUCCUACACGAACGGUAUAUCCCUCUUCACAACCUCAGCGACCUGUGAGCCAAAAGGGGAUGGAUAAACGGGGUCUGAACCAUCGAUCGCCAGGCCCUUUACGAACAUCACCAACACCAUCUCCGUCUGCAGGACGGGGUGCUGGAGGGAGACAUCCACAGUCCGAUCGAGAUGUUGAUAUGGUUGAUUCAAACUCCCCGAACCUUAGUCCUAACACUGUCGAAUCUAACCAGGCGCCUAGCUUGGUGAGUGAUGAUGGAGAAGAGUACGAGGCUCGUUCGGAAUCCGAAAGCCCAAGCCCAAGCCUGUCCGGGUCUGAUGACGAAGGGAACGACUUUGACAAUGUUGAAGUGCAGGAUGGAGACGACACUAGCGCAGAUUCCAAUGCAUCUGACUCUGCUAGCCAUCUCUCCGGUCCUGCGAAACACCAUACGCGGCCGCCUAUACCGACGGCACCAACUCGAAAUACCGCCACGAGAAAGGACAGCAUUUCGAAGCCUAAGCAUUCCACCCAUAUAAACUCCAGGGCCGCGCAGAAACCUGCGGCUACUGCUAGAUCACAAAAGGGCGAUGGCAAGAAACGCCAUCGAUAG